AUGGCAACCACCACGCAAAUUCUAUUCAACUCGCCCGCGCUGCACUCGCUUAAGCGGGACCAGCUCGUGAAGCUAUGCAAGACCCACUCUCUCAAGGCGAACGGCAAGAACGUCGAACUUAUCGAGCGCCUCAAGCAACACGCGCAAGCCCUCCCGCCCGACGCGCUCUCCGCGCCGUCCUUCGACGAUGAGAUGGACGUGGAGGAAGACCUCCCUGGGGGAUUCCCCGGUGACUCCGCGGCACAGGGAGGAGAGGAAGAACAGGACGAAGACUACGCGAUGCAAGACGUGAUCAUGAACUCGCGCUUCGGGAUCCCGCGCCCGAGCGAGCAGUGGGAGGUCGUGAUGGACGACAUCGCGGAGGUGGACGAGAGCGGAAUGGGCACGAUGUCCUCCAAGGGCAGCCUACGCACCGUUUCGAAUGGCGAGUUUGGCACACAUACAUCCAAGGGUUCUGUUACUUCAUCGCUGAAAGCUUUCGCAACCUCCCUCGGGAUCAAACGCGCAGUGAGCAAGUCCGCGUGCAACCAAGAUAACGAUGAUGGGUCCGUCAACAGCAAGGAGAGGAAUCCUGUGUCCUUUUCUCCCGGCAAGCUCUUCUCCACGCGUGCCCGCGACUCUCUUGCGGACCAUGCCACCCCAUACUCCCAUAUCCCGCCCUCCGACUCACUCCCAGAGACGGACCACUUCAAGUUCUCUACUCCCGAUGCAAGCAUGCUUGGACUCGAAGACGAUGAGGAUGGUGAGAACGCCCCGGUACCGGGCACCUCUAAUCGCGCCGGCAGGCCCGCCCCACUGGGGGCCCGCCUCAGCAUGGGCGUCGGCCAGAGCACCAUCCGCCUCGUAACCGUGCCCUCCGCUCCGCGCUUCGAGGAUCCCUACCUGAUGAGCCCUCCCCGCCUCGCCGCCAUCCAGCCCGACUUCGACAUCAAGAUGGGUACACCGAGCGCGGGACGCAUCCUGAGUGUGUGGCCGGCGUCUCCGCGUACGGCCGGUGCGGACGUUGGCGACGGCGGCGCGGAGCGGCUGUAUCCUCGGCUCCCGCUUGCGGACCUCCAGGCCGCACGCGACGGUGGGGAUGAUGAUGAGGACGCGCCGAUGCCGGGUGGCAUGUUCGCGUCAGCCUCCACCCCCGCGAGGACUCCCGCCCGCACCAGGACGACCACCGACGCCACGAUCACCGCUGGUACUCCUCGCACGACGAGUACGCCUCGCCCGGUCGACGAGCCAGAUAUGUUCUCCCCUUCCAAGCCCACCGCCCCCGUCGUCGCCGCCGCCGUGCCACACGUCGGCGUCGAGCGCCCGUCCAUCCCGCGCAGCGCCCCCUUCCUCUUCGGCUCUCCGCUUCCGCGGCGAGACACCCCGAAGACUGCGCUCAGCGCCGAGUCAGACGCGGGCGUGUCCAACGUCGCGUUCGAGGGCGCCGCGAAGUCCGUGCUCGAGGAGAUGCACCGGCGGCUCGCGGAGGCGCAGAAGGAGAAGGAGAAGAACGGCGAGGCGCGGCCCGCACCCCCAACACAGACCGCGGGCGCCAGCAUCUUCGGCGGGCUGCUGUUUGGUGCUGGGGCCUCGGCGGCAGGCGGUGGCGGCGAAGAGAGCGCGGCGGACCGCUAUGCGAAGGCGCACGAGGCGCAAUUCGCGAAGAUGGAUUCGAUUGCGAACCACUACGCGGCGCGGCGGCCCGCUGGCAACACGCGCAAGCGCAAGUCGGAGGCGCUGGGCGCUGGGGCGCGCGCAGGCCAGAAGAGGCGCAGCAGCGCUGCGGGGACGCGCGUCAUCAGCAACGGGGCGCGCAAGCGCGGCGUGCCCGGGGGCUUCGGCGCCGACGAGGAGGACGAGGAGAGCGACGUCGAGGAGGAGGGAGAGGCAGGCGGAGAGAAGGCGAGCGAGCGCGAUGAGGACGACAUGGGCGCGCGGCGGUCGAGCAAGCGGAUGCGCAUCGCGGAGGGCUGGGACGUCCAUCGUGGGCAGCGCGUGUCGCUCGCGCCGCCGCUGCCGCCUGCGGCGGAAGAGAAGAAGGCGCGGGAGCGGGACGCGGUGAAGCGUGAGCUCGAUGCUGCGAAGGCGCGUCGUCGGAGCAGCCGUGGACGCGUUAGUAUGGGUGGGAACGCCGCCCCGCCUGCCAAGGGCAAGGCAUCCAGAUUCGGGUUCCUGUCGUCUGCGAAGUCGAUCGUGAAGAAUGUGUGGGGCUUUGGCGGGAAGACGAAGACCGCCGCGAACGAGAAGGCGCCUCCCUCGAGCAUCCCUGUGCCGAAAGCAGCAGCCCCCGUGGUCCCAACCAACCAACCCAAGAAGUCGGAUGUACAGAACCUGGGGAAGGGUGCAGUGCCCGCACCGGUCAACGCGGUCCCCGCACAGAGCGGGCGGAAACCCUCUGGCACGCACUCGCGCAUCCCUUCGGUUUCGUCUACGACGAGCAAGAUGCUACACCCUUCCAGCGCAGCGGAUGCAAAGACGAUUGGAACGGUCAACUCGGCGCGGUCGAGUACCUCGCGCGCUCGGUCGCCGAUCCCGUCCUUUGCGCAGGCCCCUCCUGCUGCGUCGCGGCCCAGCAGCAUCGCAGGGACCGCGAGGUCGCGCACGAGCAGCACGGCGGGUACCGCUACGUCUACUUCUCGCCAGGCGUCGCGGACGUGCACUGUGUCGUCGAUGGGCACUCGGUCUAGUCUUGUGUCUGGCGGCUCCACCGCUGUAUCAUCCAUCGGAACGCAUCGGAGCGUUGCCAGCACCAGUACGCUCGCUUCCACAAGCUCGAAGACGGACAAGGAAGCGAAGGAUCAACCGAGCAUGCGCAAGAGGACCUCGUCGCUCCUAGCCCCGACCGCAAGUUCUCUGGCCAAAGUGAACGCAGCGAUGAGGCCCUCCGUGUCUGGACGCACCUCCGGUCUCCCAUCCGUCUCAGAGAAGCAGUCUUCGAUUCCCAGGGCCUCUAAAUCCCCCAUCGCAGGCAGGCGAAUGUCUCCAAUAUCCCCGCCAAGCAAGAGUAUAUUCAGCCAACCCUUGGAUGGCUUUGGCAGCCCAGGCGCACCGUCGUCCCCAGCAUACCACCCGUCCCUCGGCGCAGCCGCCUCCACGCUCUUCUCAAACAUCGAGGACAGCUCCCCAUCCAAGAUCCCGCGCCCCGCCGUGCUCCCCCCGAAGCCGAAGGCGCUCGUCGCGCGCAAGCCGCGCAUCUCGCGCUCGCGCGUCAUCGCGAAGGUCGGCGCGCAGCGGGCCGCUGCCGCGCAGGGCUCCGCGUCGUCGCCGACGGGGCGCACGCGCUCGAGCUUCGGCGCGCGCAAGUCGUUUGGGGGCGUCAAGUCGGGGCGCGCGAGCGCGGGCGCGGAGGGCAUGCGUGGGGCGGCGAAGAAGCGCGCGCGACAGAGUGAAUAUAUGAGGCGGAAGAGUCGGGGUGCGGCGGACGGUAACGCUUGA